AUGAGUGCUAACAAGAUGGUUCUCCAGGAGAGAUCUGAUAAUUCUUCUCGAAUUGGAGAGGGUGAGACCGACAAGGAGCACAUGUCCACUGAGGGGCGUUGUAAAUCACGCUCCCCAGUGAAACGCAAGUCUCGGGUUCUUAGCAGUUUGACCCGCGAUGACAUUGUGAGGCUCUUUGACUUCCCGAUCGAGACAGCCGCCAGAUUAGUUGGGGUUGGAGAAACUGCAUUGAAACGAAGAUGUAGGGAGCUCGGCAUCGUAAGGUGGAAGCACCGGACUCUGAUGGGCUUUAGAAACAUUUCGAGCUCAUUGCAGAUCCCAUCGGAGGAGUUGACGCGAUAUUUUGAAGAAGACCCUAACUUAGAGCUGGGAGCUAAUCUUUGUAAAGUUCGACAAAAGGUCUACAAAGAACGGCACCGGUCUAAACUCUGUGUGGUUGGCCGUGCAGUGGAUAGUCCUCAAGGAGAACGUCCAGAGACCAACGUCCCCCAAGAAUUAUGUCGGGAAUGA